CAAGGGCUGCAGACACUAUAUAUGCGGCUUGCGCCUAUCUAUUAUUCUCGUUCUCGCUUCUCCCUUUGUCUCAUCCUCUCUGCAACCUGUAGAGCGAGAGUCUCUGUUCACCUCCUGUGACGUACUCAUGUCGAACAUAGUUCUUUUUGAGGAUAUUUUUGUGGUUGAUAAACUAAAUCCAGAUGGUAAAAAGUUUGAUAAAGUUUCACGAAUUGAGGCACACAGCCAGAACUGUGACAUGUUCAUGCACUUAGAUGUGAACACGGAAAUAUAUCCAAUGGAUGUAGGCGAUAAAUUCACCAUGGCAUUGGCACACACUCUAAAUUUGGAUGGAACACCCGACACUGGCUAUUAUAUUCAGGGAGCAAGGAGAACCCUUGCAGACAAAUAUGAAUACAUAAUGCAUGGGAAGUUAUACAAGAUCUCAGAGGAAGGUUCAGGAAAAAAAAUUAAAGGGGAGAUAUAUGUUUCAUAUGGUGGGCUUCUAAUGAUGCUGAAAGGAGAUCCUUCUCAUGUCUCUCAUUUUGAGCUUGAUCAGAGGCUAUUUCUUCUUAUACGGAAGCUGUGAAGCCCUAAUCAUUCUAGUUUUUGGCUCUAAGGACAGAAGUUUUGCCCUUACAGAGAUUGUGUCACUUGUCUUCAGUGUCUUAUGCAGCUGACCUGGCAAGAGAAGUGAUGAUUGUCUUUUGCAGUGCAUCUGUUUUUAGAACUUGGUGACCUUUUAAAAAUUAUGGUGAAUACUAUCUUUAUGCGUCUUGACCUUAUAAAAGCACAUAUAACUUUGGCCUUAUAAUUUAAAAUUUUUGUUUGAAA